AUGACGCUAAUCACAACGAGAACGAACAAGACCCUCAAAGGUCACAAGGCUGUCAUCCUUCUCAACACUGAGUCUCCUCGGACCCAAGUUGAUGUUAUCCAGAAACGAUUCCCUAGCUUGGUUAUCAAGACAUUCAUUGAAAAGAAGCGUGGAGAACCCCUGGAGCCUGAGUUUGAUGAGGAGGAGUGGAAAGAUACCACCAUCAUCUUGACUGCUGUAGCGACCGUCCACCUGCUGCCGAGACCAGAGCAGGCGCCUCAUUUGCAGUAUGUCCAGCUUACUAGCGCUGGUGCAGACUACUUUAUCAAGAAUCCUCUCUUCACCGAUACAACGAUUCCUAUCUGCACGGCUAGUGGCGUUCACGGGUUACUGACGACGCAGCAAGGCCUCAAAUCGCCGAACUUAGAUGUGGGUCAUGACGACAAUCUGUUGGAAGCAUCGACUAACAGCCAAUGGCAUCCUCUCAACACCGACCCCGAAGAUGCCACAGACACAGCUGGCAAGCGAAUUGGAAUCUUGGGCUACGGUAGCAUAGGACGCCAAACAGCCCGUGUUUCCAAAGCAUUAGGUCUGGAUAUCCACGCCUACACUCUCCAUCCUCGCAACACCCCCGAGUCCCGCCGCGAUAACUCGUACUCACCCCCAGGCCUCGGAGACCCAGAGGGUGAAUUCCCUAGUAAAUGGUUCUCGGGCGGCUCCAGGGAGGAUGUUCACGCGUUCCUCGACUCGGGUCUCGACAUUGUCGUCAUAGCUCUACCAUUGACUGCUAAGACACAGGGCCUGAUCUCCAAGCCUGAGCUUGAAAUACUCGCCAAGAAGAGGACAUUUCUAAUCAAUAUUGCCCGUGGACCUAUUGUCAACACCGAUGACCUUAUUCAGGCAUUGAACUCUGAGAAGAUUGUGGGUGCGGCGCUGGACGUCACUGACCCUGAGCCGUUGCCCAAGAAGCACCCUCUCUGGAGUGCCAAGAAUGUGACUAUCACGCCUCACAUAAGUGCAAUUUCUUCAUUUUACUUCAAGAGGUUAUUUGACAUUUUUGGGUUGAAUUUGGAGAGGUUGGGCGUGGGGCAGACAGAUCUCAUCAACAAGGUGAACAGGCGAGAGGGUUAUUAA